AUGCCAAACUUGAAUCAAAAGCAAAUAGAAGAGUAUUUAGCUCUAAUAAAUGAUCUUGAGGAGUCGGAUACAGAAGAUCAUGAGAAUUUUUGUGAAAAUCGAGACGAUUUGCUUCACGAUCUUGAGAGUCCAUUAGAAGAGGAAAAUGAUGACCCCGAUAAUGAUCCAUUCAUGGCAGGAGACCCGCCAUUGAUAAAUGAAGCUACAGUAAAUGAUCAAGUGCCACAGGUUCCAUUCCCCUCAACAAGUCAAGCUAGUCGCCGAGCAACUAUGAGAGGACUCGUAUGGAAGGUAAAAAAAUUUGUUUUGAAUUCUGACCAGACAGCUUUUCAUGGAGACACUACAUACCCACCAGAACUGAAGGAUGAGGCUACUACUGGUACUCCCUAUAGUAUUUUUUCACAUUUUAUUACAUCAGAAAUAGUUCAAAGGAUUGUGGAAGAGUCUAAUUUGUAUUCCGUUCAAAAAAAUGUGACUAAACCAUUAAAUUUGUCUGAAACUGAGCUAAGAAAGUUUAUGGCGAUACUGAUAUACAUGUCUGUUAUAAAAUAUCCCAAUGUACGGCUAUACUGGUCAAAUACUGUAGGUUUUCAACCAAUCAAGGACAUAAUGACUGUCAACAGAUUUGAGACUAUUCGUAGAUUUCUACAUUUCAACAAUAACGAGAAACAUUUACCCAAGGAACACCCACAACAUGAUAGGCUCCAUAAGAUAAGGCCUAUAAUUAGCCAUCUAAAUGAAAAAUUUGCUUUAGUUCCUAUGGAACAAAGACUCUCAAUUGAUGAACAGAUGUGUGCCACGAAAGUGGCACACUUCAUGAAGCAGUAUUUACCUAAUAAGCCCCAUAAGUGGGGGUUUAAAUUAUAUGUGAUGUGCAGCGUGAAAGGUUAUGCUCAUAAAUUUGAAAUAUAUACUGGCCAAGAGAAUGAACGGCUUCCAGAUGAACCAGAUUUUGGGCCAGUGGGAAAUGUUGUAGUCCGGCUUGCUAGAGGUGUCCCAAGGCAUAUAAAUCAUAUAAUUUAUUUUGAUAAUUUUUACACCUCUGUACCUUUAGUUACCUAUCUUGCCAAACAAGGAAUCUAUAGCCUAGGUACUGUCCAAUCUAACAGGCUAGUGAACUGCAAACUGCCGGACAAAAAAACAAUGAUAAAGAAAUCUGUUCCUCGUGGAACUUAUGAAGAGCAGAUGACUGAAUUUGACGGUAUUGAUUUGACAGCAGUUACUUGGAAGGACAAUAAAGUUGUAACUUUUCUAUCUUCGUAUGUUGGAGCUGAACCUGUGGGCCAAGUAGAAAGAUUUGACAAGGCAAAUAAGACUAGAAUUAAAAUUUCAUGCCCACAUAUAAUAAAGGAAUAUAAUGCCCAUAUGGGCGGAGUGGACCUAAUGGAUAGCUUUAUUGGGAGGUACCGAAUUGCAAUGAGAAGCCGAAAGUGGUAUCUUCGUAUCUUUUACCACUUAUUGGACAUGACGGUAAUAAACUCUUGGCUUGUGUAUAAAGAUUUAAAAACAACUGAAGCCAAUUCAUCAGUUCUAAACUUAUGUCAACUAACUGAGGUAUUAGCCAAAGUAAAUAACUCAUUUGAACUCUGCAACAAAAGAGGAAAGCCAAGUACCAGCAACAGUGUUGAAAUGGAAAUACAGGUAAAGAAAAGGAGAGGACCAGCUCAACAUAUUCCUCCUAAGGACAUAAGAACUGAUAAUGUUGGUCACUGGCCUGGUAAUUGUGUUCGCAGCAGAUGCAAAAUGCCUGGAUGCAAGGGAUACACGCAAACAAGGUGUGAGAAGUGUGGAGUAGCUCUUUGUCUUACCACGACCAAAAAUUGUUUUAAAAAUUUUCAUAUGUAG